CCCCUUCUUUAUUUGUGGCGCAUUUAUGCGUUGGGUUCCGAAGGGGACAGGAGGAGCAAACCGUUGAAAACAUGAUUUAUGCCCCUGUCAGGACCCCAAAGGUGGGCGGGCCGCGAGGGGCGGAGCGAGCGACUCGGAGGCGCACCGUCGUUUGAAAAGAGGUGGAGGGAAUUGACAUGGUUGCGGGGUUUAUUGCUCGUGGAAAACUGAAGGCGGCGAGAGGAGGGUGUGGGACGUGUCAGUGGGGUUCACGGCACCCCCAGUGCUUUGUGCCGAAACACUCCCUGAAUAGAAAUUGAUUAUACAGGACUCACUACAAAUGGCAUCGGAAGAUCAGAACAGGGAAAGAGAGGGUCCGUCUGGCCCUCCUGCAGCUCCUUUCCAAUGGGGCGCAGUCCUGUCCGCAGUAAAAGACCAGAUUCCCUCAAUGGAUUCUGAUAUAUCAAUACCCAGCUGUGAUGAAGAUGGGGAGCUUUUCAUCUUUCAGCGAGAUCAAUCCAAUUUGAUUCCUGACUUGACAGAGGAACUGGAAGAUAUUUCUCCAGAAGAAAUGGACUUGCAGACAACCUUCACGUUCAUGAGACAUCCAGGAGAGCUCUGGAACAAAGAACUGGAAAGCGCCGCUUCCCCCAAAGCAAAGGCCACCCCUCAGUCUGUCUCGGGGGGACACGUCCUACUUGAUAGAGACAGCCUUGGCCUUCUGACUGAAGAGAUGUCAAGCCAAGAAGCCGCAGUUCUAUCAGGGCUCUCUACAAAUGAGCCCAAACCUGGAGAGGGUGUCUCAGGAGGCCUCAGAGGGAAAGCACUGCAUGUUAGCAAUGACAAGGGGACUUGUAGUUCGUCCCCUGAUAUGCUGUCACCUGUGGAAGUGUCUCCUUUUUUAAACGCCAGUGAAGAAGAGCGGAGGAAGUUAAUAGAAACACAAAUUCUCUCCAAGGUAAUGUUGGGACCCUCUUCGGGCGAUGUCGGCCACCCGCCACCAAACAACAACAACAACAAUGUUGAAAGGGCGGCGGAGACAGGAAGGAAACCAGCAGCCAUUUCAGCCGAACACCCGCGAGAGCUGUUGGCCUUCAAGAGCCUGGAGAAGUGGGAUCUCGACAAGAUUCUACAGGACCUGGAGAAGCAAAGUGAUGGUGGAUGUGCAAUCGCAGAAGAUGCUUUCCCUUCAAAGGACCAUGAAACCUCCAGGGCUUUGUCGCAAAUGAGACUGAUGGAAAAGCUAGAAGAGCUGUCUCUCCAGCAGUCGAGGGCCUUUUUCUCUCAUCGCAGGAGGCGCCUUGCCCGGCUUCCCCACUUUGACGAGUGCCAGGGGGAUGGGAGAGAGGUGCCCAUCCUGGUGCCAUUGAGAAAUGGCCAAAGUCUGACUCCACUAGAACUGCAAUAUACUCCAGAGCCACCGACAGUAUAUAUUGAUUUAAGAGACACAACACCCCAGAAGCCUGAACCAUUGGCACCUGAAAAGCAAAGCUCAAGUGACAGCUCCGCAGACGACGAGGAAGAUACAGAAGUGACAGGCCAAGGGAACACGGAAGAGCGUUUCCAGCCAUCACGCAAGGAUUGCACCGGGAAAAGCUUUCUUCUGCAACAGCUUCGUGCCUUUCGCAGGAGAAUGGCUCAGUCUCUUGCACAAGGCAAAGAAUGGAGCCCGGGUGUCAAGAAGCCAGAACACACGGAUCUGCCAAAAGUCAGGAGGAGACAGUGCCUAGCACGGAGGAGGCUGGCUUCAAUGGGACAAGCACGUUCAGAAUCUCAUCCAAGCAGCUGCCCGCUUCCUGCUCACAUGAACAGCACGGCUGAGCCCACCAAAAGAUUCAAGAAAGAAACUGAGAAACGGCCAGGGCCUCCUGCAGAGAAAGUUGCAGAAUUCCCAAGGGCCAGCGAAAUUCAGAAAGAAAUGCAGGGCGCGGAGAAACUGAGGAAACAGAGACACCAGCAGCAGCUAGAGAGCUUCAAGCCCGAGGACUCCAUCACAGGGAAGCAACCCAUGGCAGAACAAACCCCCGUCUUGUUCCAUAUGGAGGCCUCAUAUCUUGCAGCAGUGGCAACGCUGCCCACCCAAAAGGCCCCUGGAAGCGAGAUGCUCCUGAUGACAGUUCGGCUGUCCAGCUGUGGCCAGGUUGCCCCUUGCAGCCAGGCGAAUGGAUCCUUCCCAGAAGCCUCCUUGGCAGCUGCAAACAUCUACACCGCGAUUGUGGCCUGGCUCCUCACCUUGGUGUCUGCAGGAGAAGAGAGUCCCGCUCCGUUCCAAGUGUUGGGGCUGCAACAGGCCUGGCAUAAGGACAGCCUGGCCCUCCGUGCGUGCUUAACACCAGCUGACAGGUUGCAAGUACAGAGCAGCUCCAGACUUCGGAGAGAUCAACCCAAGGAAUUCCUUCAGGGAACAUCUCCGUUCUAUCAGCAGGUCUCCAUGUUUCUCUCCCACACAUCUCUCUCAGAUGCUAUUUGGUGGAAGGAGGGCCUGACCAGUCAGCUACAGAAUCAGCCUUAUCCGCUGCUUCCAGAGAUUCCUGCUGUCCGUCUCAGCUGCGUGGCUGUGAUUCACACAGACCCUGCGGCAGCGGAGAAAGCCUUUGCGGUGCCAGCUGGGUUUUACUGGCAGACGGUCGAGACAGAUGAAGAAUAUUUCCCCAGCAGCAGCGGCCUCAGGGAGAGGAGUGAGAUGGAGACGGAGGUUGCCAUGACGCUGCUGUUCGAAACCCUGUUCCGGAAGCCCGUGGCCGUCCAUCACAUGCUGCAGCUGAUCCUUGCCUCUGGUUUGGAUAUCUGCGGACUCCGCCUCCUCUAUCCCCAGAGUGGCACGUUGCUUUCUAGCACGGCCCCGCUGCCUCCUCCUUACACCCAAGAGGAAGUGCCCCCAGUGGUCGCACUCAGCCUGCGAGGGCCUCAAGCUCGGAGCGUCCUGCGAGACAUCAUGGGCCCCUCUGACCCACAGCUGGCCCGCCUGACCGACCGCAACUCUAUCAACGCCAUCUACGGCACAAGCCGGGCAGAGGCCCUGGCCUACUUGCCUCACACGGAGAGCCGCGUCCACAGGGAGCUGUGCGUCUGGUUUGGCGGGAGAGUCUGCUGCGACGGGAUGCUUCGUGACCGGCUCCCCGAGCUCGCCUGCAAAUGCAAGAGAGCAAGGCCUUUGUCUCUUCGAGGAGAUGCUGAUCAAGCAAAGAGUGACUUCCAGGAUUCAACAUCGGCUGUGUCAUCAGCGACCCUCGUUUCCACCACCAAAGGAGAUGUUAUUUUGGUGGCUUCCCCAGCGGUGCCUCCUCAUACUUACGGCCUUGUGAUUUCUGUCUGCACUCAGAGAGGAUUUGCUCUACAAGGAACCAAGCAGCUGAGGCUGUCCCCCAGGCAAGCUCUCCUGCUCCGUAUUCCAGCAAGUCAGGUGGCCAUAUUUUGUCCCAGCAGGACUUCACGGCCACCUGAGAGAAGCUUCUCAGGGGACAACCUUCCGGUUCAGCCACACACCCAUUGCCUCGCUUUGGUGCUGCGAAAGGAAAAUUCCAGCCACCAUGUCCCUGCCCUGCUGAAAGGUCUGAUGAACGGACUAGCAGAGAAAGGCUUCUUGGGGGAAAUCCAAAGCAAUUUGAACUCCAGUGUCAAACCAGAAUUGGAUCUGUGCUUUCAUGCAGUUUCUUAUACUGAGACCGCGCUACAUUCUCUGGGUGGCAGCUUUAGUGCUGUGCCAGAUUCUGGUAGCAUCCCCCUGAAUAUUUCAUGCCACAGGAGGUAUGCCUCAGAUCCUGAGAUGGAACAGAUCGUCUUGUUGACCCUGACCGGCAAGGAAGCCAUGAAGAGUGCUGGCUGCUUCCUUCACCAGAUCCUUACGCUUGGCUGCGGGAAGCAGGAAACUCAGACACCAGUCUCCGAAGAAUCGGAGCCACGAUUUGAGCUCCUGGCCCUCAAGUGGCUGCCCUGCCUUACUCGGGUGCAGGCGAAGGAAAUCACGCCUUUCGAAGUGGGAGAUAAAUCCUGGCAAACGAGCCUCGAGGUGCUGAUGUCUGGCCCCGCCCUCGUUUGCGUGCUGCGGCGGAUCGGCGCCUUUGAGGCUCUUGCAGCGGCCCUGAAGACGCUAAAGCCACAUGACACCAAACCUAAGAGGGAUGCCUGCGAUCUUUGGAGCGUGAUGUCAUCGACUCCCGAGAUCGCCUUCAGACAGGCCGUUCUGUUCUUCACCGAGAGGGAUUUCGUCGGCGAUCCCAAAUGCCGUUCCGCCCUGAAGUACUUACCCCCUCCUGGAAGGCAUCCCGGGUCCAAAGCGGCAGCGAUCCAGAGAAACCACGCAGAAUUGAUCUUCCACUACAUGCAAGAAGGCGCUCAGCUCCUCUGCACAGUGCUGUUGGUCAAACCAGGGGUGUGGGCCGGUAACCUGGCGAGGAUCCUCCGGAAACUGAACCUAGAGAAAUUCCACCUGGUCGGAAUGAAGCAUCUACGCCUGAAAGCCGAGGAUGUCGACGCACUGCUUUCAUCCGAAGCGCAACCGGACCCUGCUACCUUAGAGGCUCACGCCAGCUACCUGACCUCCGGCUUCUCCUUGGUGCUUUGCCUUCAGCGAGAAAAUGCUGUGAAGAAACUUCUGGAUUUGCUUGGCCCCGAAGACCCCAAGUGGGCCCAGGCGAGACAUCCGUUCUUUUGGAGAGCUCUGUAUGGCCUCAGCCCAGUCCGGAAUGGCUUUUAUGGCUCCACGUCUUAUUGUGUUGCUCUUCGGGACAUUCGGCUGUUUUUUCCGGAAGGGUUGUGUGGUGCUGAGUGUCCAGCAGUAGAGGAAAAAGAGAUCUGCACCAUGACGUGGGACCCUGUGGUCUGUCUUGAAGAGGACAAGCGGCGCAGGCUGGUAAAACGCGCGGCCGGAAGGCCUCUCAAUUUCCUGGAUGUGGAGCCACCCGGGGCUCUAGAUCAACCUGGCCUUGCUGUGCUCUGCCAGUCCACGGCCUUGAUCCUCCCGGAAACCAUUCUUCAGGGGACGGGGUGGCCCCACUACGUGGAGCUCCUGGAGCAGCUGAUUGGUCAAGGCUUCCUGGUGACGGGGGCGCGGCUCACCAUGAUGAACGAGGCGCAGGCCCGCUUUAUCUCUGAAAUCCUGGGUACCGAGGAGAGCGAGGCGGCAAUCUUGAGUUCCCAGCUGACGGGAGGCUCCUGUCUGGUCCUGGCGGUGCAGCGAGACAAUGCCGUCCUUUGCUUUGACGCCCUGCUGGACAGUGGAUCCUGCCGGAAGCAAGCCGUGCUGGACUGCAUGCAGAAACUUCUUUAUCCCAAAACGGAGAAGCAGGCAGAGAAGCUUCUCUGUUGCCUUUUUGACUCCCUGACUUCAGAAAGCCUCCACGAAAUCCAAAGCCAAGAUUCCUAGCCAGAUUCUCCUGGGCAUCUGCCAUUAUCCCGUGCCCUUGGUUCCUGUUAAUUUUGGGGUCAGCAGGAAAAUCCAUGCCCAAGGAAGGGUGAGAGAAGCAGCACGCACGAGCCGUGCUACUGUCCCGUUAAUAAAAUUACAAAUUAAAGAGC